AUGGAAAAUUCGGGUGGAAACAGAGAAUUUCUUUGUGGAAAAUCCCAAAAGUUCGGCAAAAUAUCACCUCGGUUGAGGUCGGUAACUUUCACUAUGUGCUCGGCUGCAUUCGUGAAUUUCCGUUGUUUCUUUUCCCACGACGCAAAAUAUCCAAACAACAUCAGUAGAGUAUACGUGGUAGGAUGAUGUAGUGGACGCAAAAAUAAAGAUGGCUGAAAAAAUAAUGGCAACAACACAGCCCGAAAAACCAAAUCAUUACAACUAUUUGAAGGAAUUCCGUGUGGAGCAGUGCCAGUCCUUUCUCCAGCAUAAAUGCAACCAACAUAGGCCGUUUGUGUGCUUCAAUUGGCACUUUAUGAACCAGCGGCGCCGUCGACCCAUCCGGAAGCGCGACGGCACCUUCAACUACAGCGCAGAUAAUUAUUGCACAAAAUAUGACGAGACGACGGGGAUCUGUCCAGAUGGUGACGAUUGCCCAUUUCUACACCGAACAGCCGGUGACACAGAACGUAGAUAUCACUUAAGGUACUAUAAGACAUGUAUGUGUGUCCACGAUACGGACGCUAGGGGUUAUUGUGUAAAGAAUGGUCAUCACUGUGCCUUUGCCCAUGGGGUACACGAUCAGCGACCACCUGUGUAUGAUAUAAAGGAAUUAGAGAGCCUGCAGGCGGCGGAGAAUGGUGAGGGGCUAAAUGGGCCGAAUGCCCUCGAUAAGGAGCGUAACCUCAUGAAUGAGGACCCCAAGUGGCAGGACACAAAUUACGUAUUGGCCAAUUAUAAGACAGAACCGUGCAAGAGGCCACCGCGUCUCUGCCGGCAGGGCUAUGCGUGCCCACAGUAUCACAAUAGCAAGGAUAAGCGUCGUAGUCCGCGUAAAUACAAAUAUAGGUCAACACCGUGCCCAAAUGUGAAGCACGGCGAGGAAUGGGGUGAACCGGCAAAUUGCGAUUCUGGCGACAAUUGCCAGUACUGCCACACGCGCACUGAGCAGCAAUUCCAUCCGGAGAUUUACAAAUCAACAAAAUGCAACGAUGUCCAGCAAGCGGGCUACUGCCCAAGGAGUGUCUUUUGUGCAUUUGCACACGUUGAACCAUACAUUCUCACAGAGGACAUGCAGAAUAGGGAUUUAGAUGGUCCCACAUCAAAUCUCGCCUUGGCAGAUAUAAUUUCCAAUGCAUUGCCACAGGAUUGCAAAAAGGACAAGAAUGAUAUGAAUAUCUCUUCUCUUCACAAUGGCAGUGGUGAGAGCAGUGAAUCAGCAAGCACAUCAAGCUUGGGAUCAAAUAGUUCACACAAUAAAGCUCCUGGAUCGCAACUGCAUCAGAAGAUGAAUGCAUUUGGUGGCAAUAGUGCUGCCAAUACACCAUUCCAGGACUUGGCACCCGAAAUCAAUAAGCAAUUGCUAGCUAUAGAGAAUGAUCCAACUUUGGGUCCAAUGGAGAAGGAACAGAGGAAGCGAAUGUGCUUGACUUUCUUGGGAUCAAUGCCACCAAGCAACUCCCUGGAACGGGAUUUGCUCUCAAGUCACAUUGAGAAUUCUCUUUCGGCUGGAAUUGCCUCCGUUGGGCUCCUCCAGAAUUCAUCGGCUCCUGUAAAUAUUCCAAAUUCUCCGAUUGGAAACUCCAUUUCUGGUCUUUUCCAGGGUGCAUCGGCCCCUGUAAACAUUCCCGGAUCCUCAUUGGGUAACUUCAGCCCAUCGUCCAAUCGUUCCAACUUGUUCUCCGUCGGUGAUCCCUUCAGUCACAUUGGCAGCGGUUCAGCACCGAAAAUUAACAAUUCCUUCGGUCCAGGUGAUGGAAUCUUCUUCCAAUCGCACCUCAUCUCCCCAGGGCUUGGGGAUCCGCUCUCAAUUAGCCCAGAGGUUAAGCUGAGGGAGGAUUUGGCCAAUAAUGGAUCACUCUUCGAUAAUGGCUUAUCACACAGCAAUAAAGCAUUCUCAAUGUCCCCAUGCCUCAAUGCGGUGGGACUAACGGAGAUUUCACGUCUUAAGGACGAAUUGGCGAAUAAGAAUGCCCAAUUAAUUAAUUAUGAGGAGCAAAUAAUGCAGAGCAACAAGGCGUACGAAGCGUGGAAGAUGGAAAUUGAUGAAAGCAAUAGAAAGUUUUUUGGACAGACUGUUUUAGCGGAACAUCAGCGCGACGAAGCGAUGAAUCAUGUUAAAGUGCUGAAGGAUAAAUUGGAGAUACUUAGUGCGCAAAAUGGUUCAACAAUCACCAACAGUACACUGAGGGGGAUGUCGUUGCAUAAAUUAAAGACACUGCAGACAAAACUUAAAAAUGAACUCGAUGAGGUGGAGAAGGUGCUGUACCUUGAGACAGCUACAAAAUGUAUGACAUGCGAAGAAAACAAUCGUUCCGUAACAUUGGAACCCUGCAAUCAUUAUGUUGUGUGUGAUUCGUGUGCGACAACAGUGAGGGAAUGUCCGUAUUGCCAAACUCCGGUUCAGGCGAAAUCGUAAGUAGGGAAGAGAUGAGCGAAAGAAUAAACAAGCUAAAAGAAAAUUAAUAAAUUUGCGAGAAAUAUUUGUAGGUUGUAUAGAAGCAAAGUUAGGAUGAAAAAAAUGAUGAAGAAGAAAUAAAUAAUUAUGCAAAAUCAAUAUAUAGGUAAACAUUUAUUGAAAUUUUUUUAAAGAAAAGUGAUGCACAACAAUAGAAUGGAAAAAAGAAAGAUUUUCAAAUGCAAAAGAAAUGGAAAAAUAAAACCCACUUAAAGACGAUGAAAUAGUAGAAUAAGAAAUUUUAUAAAACACACAAAAAAUCAACUUUCAUUCGGAUGACAUUUUAUCUGGUGAAAAGGCAAAUUCUGACCACAUGCAGAGUAUUUUUCCACAAACAAAACAAGAGUAAGAAAAAUGAAUAAAACUAUGAUGAAGUGAAUGUAUAGGAGUUUAGGAGAGAAAACAAUUUAUAUAUAAAAAAGAAAAUUUACUAAGGUAUUUAAUGAAUUACUAGGAAUCAACUUUUUUGAAUGAGAAUUUGAAAGGCAGAAGUGAAUUAAAAAAAAAAGAGAGAUAAAAAUAUUUUUUUAGAGGGUCUUAUUCAAAAAGCUCUUUACUUGCAAUAAUUUCUUAUAAAAAAUUAAUAAAAAAAAUGAAUGUCGUAGAAAUACGAAAUUGGAAAAAAAAAUCAAUGUGAGAACGUAGGGGAAAAAGAAAAUUUUUAAAAGUAUUUUUAAUUAAUCAAAUUUAUUAUUGAAUUAAAAAAACAAGAAAUUCUUGGCCUAAAUUCCAUUUUGUGAUUUAAACCGACGAAUAUGGAUACAACUUUUUCGUUCUUUUUGAGAAUUUAUUAUUAUUAUCUUUCGGUUUUUUUCUCUAGUUUAUCAUACAAAUUUUUUCCAAAAUAUUUAUUAUCUUUUUAAAACUUUUUUUUUUACAUAUUAGGUUGAAAAAUUCUUUUUCUCUGUACAUUGUGUUGAAACAAAAAAAAAAAAAGAUUAUGAAAGUAGGAUUAGGAAAGAAAAAAAUACAUUAAUAAAUUUAUACGAUAUUUAAGGAUGAAUAGUAAUUAAAAAAAAAUGAAGAUAAAAAGAUAUAUUGAGAAGAUAAACGUAGGAGUGAUAUGAGAAGAAGCACUUGGAUAUUUUUUCUAAUGCCUGCAUUCAAUUGAUUUAAAUGUUUCACUUGAAAAAAAGGAAUCGUGAAAUAUUUAAAUCAAAUGAAUUGUGCAAAAUGAGAGACUUAAAUAUGGUCAUAGAAAUUCAGAAAACAAACUUUUCAUCCACUUCUGCUGGGUGAAAAGUUGAUUUUCUCAAUUUCUACAUAAAUAUUUAAUUCUAGAGUCCUCAGGCAUUCGUGACACGAACUCUCUUGUAAUUUUAUUUGUAUAUUUUUCCCCUUGAUAAAAGAAAAUUCUCUUAUUUAAAAUUUUUCUAAAUUUUUUAUCCUAUAACCCAAAACUUAAAUCUUACUAAAAUGAAAAAAAAAUUGUUGAAAGAAAUAUCAAAAUGACUGAUUUUUAUAAUGAAAAAUAAAAAGAUUAGAAUGAAAAUACUUGUAGGUGAGGGAACGAAUUGUGGUGGGGAAGAAAAAAAAGUUAAGAAAAAAUAAAUAAAUGAAGAAAUAUAUCCACAAAUCUACAACAUAGCCCUUUUAUACGUACUAGUUUUUUUUUCUUAAUUUUUUUUAAAAAGAAAUAAAAUACAUUUUCUAUAUACUAAAAUGCUCAAUGGAAAUACACGACAAAGUAACAGAUUAAACCGAAUUUCUGAGACAACCAACAAAUUUUAAAUAAAACAGAUUUUUGUCCCUUUAAACACUUUCUAUAGAAACACUUACACUGAAAAAAAUAGAUUUUAGUGAAGAAAACAGUGAGGAGGUUUUUUUUAAAGUAAAAUAAAAUACGAAAAUUAUUCAAUGAGAUAAGCAUUUAAUUUUAUUUAGGCAUUGGAAAUUUUAAUAAUGAGAAAAAAAAAGAAUGGACAAUUGGCAUAAAGUUGUGCUAUGUUGGUAUUUUUCUCUUUAAAAAUGUUUUCUAGAGUUUGAAAAGAAAUUAAGACUUGGGAUGCUUUUGUUAAAAACGUUUUCUUUUCUUGCAGUUCUAUUAAAAAAAAUUUAUAGGUAUUCUAUGAUAAAGAUUUUUCAGAUUAAACAGUUCUAAAAAUUUAGAACAUUUAGCCUAGACAUUUUAUGAUAUAAAAUUCUUUUUUUUUGUUCGUCAGAUAGAAAAGAAAAUAAUUUUCAUGUCUGCUAAUUCUGUAAAAAAUAUUUUCUUUCAAAUUCAAGAACUUUUAGUAUUUUGUGAAAAAAUAAUUCUAAGAUUUGACAGUUCUAAAAAUUUAGUACAUACAUUAUUUAGACCUAAAAGGUUGAAAAGAAAAUAUUGUCUACAAAUUCUAUCCCUUAAUAUGCAUUUAUUGAAAUUAAAAAAAAAAACUUUCCUUUAGACCAAAGAUUUUGAUAAAUUUCAGUUUAAAAAAAUCAAAACUAUUUUCAAGCAUUUUUAUUAUGAAAUACGUAUUCAUUUAAUUUUUGAGCGCAACUAAACCAACAUUUUGUAUUCCUGUCCAUUCUUUUUUUUUUCAAUAAAAAAUAAAUAAAAAUAAUUAGGCCUGUGAAAAAAAUGAAAAAUAAAGAAAAUCCAUCAACGAUAAUUCGUUGAGAAAUUACUGAAGAGAUGUAUGAAGAAAAAAGUAAUAAAAAUUAUUUUAAAAAAAAUUGAAAAAUUAUUUAAAGAGAAUAUUUACAUACAUAUUGUAUUUUGAAAAGAGAGAGAAACACAGAGACAGAGAAAAAUAUGAUGGAAAAAAUAAUUUAAAAAAAAAAACUAUGAGUGUAAUUUUUCUCUAUUGCAAAAAAUACAUUAUAUUGAAAAAAAAGUAUAUUAUAUUCUUGAUAUAUAUUGAAAUAUAAUGAAGAAAAAAAUAUAAAAUUGAAAAAUAUGUAGGCAUAGGUAGGAUAACAAAUUAUUUUUUAAUUGAACAUUAUUUUUAUCAUAUCACAUCUUCUAGAUUCGAGUUUUUUUCUUCUCUUCUUAAAUUGUCUAUUUAACAUUAUUUUAUUCUUGAAGCUUUUAAAAAAAUUCUUGUAACAUUUUUUUUCCUGGUGAAAAUUACUUUUUUAAUAUUAUUUUUAUAAAUUCUAUAUCGAGCUUUUAUGCAAAAAAGUGUCUUGGGCUGAGCAUAAAAAAAACACAUCCAAACCAGACUUUAUUUUUUCUUUUUCUGUAGGUUUAUUCAAAAUUUUUCCAAUUGAUUGUUUUCUAUUUAGUAGACGCUACAGUAUUAAACUAACAUUUAUAAUACUUCUGAGUUCCGACAACGUAGUCAAAAAAUGAAUUUUCGGUUAAAAUGAAAAAAGGAAAAA